UGUAAAAACGUUCAAGUCGUUCAAGUAACAUUGUGGAUGCUGUGGUGCGCCCUUGUCAACUAGACCUACGUCCAGUUUAUAUUUUGAUCAUUUUACAAGUAAUUAAGUGCCUUGAAGUACGGAGAUAAGCUGAUGAAAAUUGUCAUCGUGAGAUAAAGAAUAAUUUUUAACUUCGACGGCAGUAAAUUGUUACCGGACUUUGCAAAAAUGUCGUUAAUUUUCACACCAACUAACCAGAUCAGGUUAACGAACGUCGCAGUAGUGCGUAUGAAAAAAGCAGGAAAGAGGUUCGAGAUCGCCUGUUACAGGAACAAGGUUGUAUCCUGGAGAACAAAUCUAGAGAAGGACAUAGAUGAAGUAUUGCAGACACAUACCGUGUUUACAAACGUUUCCAAAGGUCAGGUGUCAAAGAGGGAAGAUCUCUUGAAAGCGUUUGGUAAGGAUGACCAGACAGAAAUAUGCAAGGAAAUCCUUACUAAGGGAGAGCUACAGGUUUCUGACAAGGAAAGACAAUCGGCUCUGGAUUCAAUGUUCAAGGAUAUAGCAACAACAGUAUCCGAUAAAUGUGUCAACCCAGAAACUAAGCGCCCGUAUCCAAUAUCGAUGAUUGAAAAAGCUAUGAAAGAUGUUCAUUUUUCUGUAAAACCUAAUCGCAACGCCAAACAGCAGGCUUUGGAUGUCAUUCCGCAAUUGAAGGCUGUCAUGCCCUUGGAAAGAGCACAAAUGCGUUUGAGAGUUCUGAUAUCAGGUAAAGAAGCUCGCAAACUGAGAGAGAAGAUUUCCAAACAAGCAACUAAGAUUGAAAAUGAAAGUUGGGAGGGAGGCAGUUUGAACUUAGUUUGCCUAAUCGACCCAGGUCAAUACAGAGAAAUAGAUGAAAUGGUAAGAUCAGAAACAAAAGGAACAGGUAUACUGGAACUGAUUAACUUAAAGGAAAUCACUGAGGGAGAUGAAAUCCUGGAAUGAAUGGUUGCGAAGUGUAAUCUGGAACGUUCCUACAAAUAUUAACAAACAUGUAACGCACUGAUCCACUAAAAAUGCAUUGUAAACAAAUAGCUACCGUGAUCUUUUGCAUUUGAAUAAAGAAAUAAGAUGAGAUGAGUCAACAUUUACUACUCUGGUUGGAAGGCAGCUACUGAUAAUUUGUCAAACGGUCCUGUAAAUACAAAUCACAGCAUGAUAUUCUCACACAGCGAUGCAGAAUUUGUUUACAAAAUAGUUGAAAACAUCGUGCGACUUAUGACAGAGAAAAGUAUUUCGUUUUGUUAAGAUAUUUGAAAUAUAUAUUCGCAAAUUUCUGCUCGUUGGUCAAUGUUACCAUAUAUUGUUUGUAAUACAUAUUUGUAACUGUUUAACGAUUAAUAGUGUGAACUACUUACUCCCAGUAACUCGAUUAUUUAUGUAGUAUCACCUUGUACUGAAUAAAAUUACUUUUUUCCAA